UAAAAAAACUUUGCUGUCAAAUGUGGCUGGCUGUACUGUUUUCUUUUUCUUCUUUGUAAAUUAUUAGAAUCUACGAGUUUUGAUGUAAUAUUAUUUGAUGUUUUACCACAAAAGUAUAAAAAAUGAGUUUUUCUAGUGAUGAAGUAAACUUUCUUGUUUACCGGUAUCUACAAGAAUCAGGUUUUCAUCACUCGGCAUAUACAUUUGGUAUAGAAUCUCAUAUAUCGCAAAGUAAUAUAAAUGGCGCCCUUGUUCCACCGGCUGCCUUGUUGAAUAUAUUACAGAAGGGCCUACAGUACACUGAAGCAGAGAUUACUAUUGGGGAAGAUGGUAAUACAGAAACCACUUGUUCAGAAACAAGGCUGACAGAGAGCCUCAGUCUGAUUGACGCGGUAACGCCAGAUAUUGUUGCGGCACGACAAAAUGCCCACAAUGCUCAAAAGCAAGCAAUCAAGGCAGAACCAGGCUCUGGAGGUGAACAGAAUGGUGUUGAUGGCACAACAUGCACUCCCACAGCAUCUGCAUCUGGCGGGGCAGCUACACCUAGUGCACCAGAGACUAUGGAAGUGGACCAGUCCAUUGAAAUACCAGCUAGUAAGGCAACAGUAUUGAGGGGACAUGAAUCUGAAGUGUUCAUUUGUGCAUGGAAUCCCAGCACAGACUUACUGGCUAGUGGGUCUGGUGACAGCACUGCAAGAAUAUGGGACAUGUCAGAUAACCCUGCCACUACACCUAAUCAGUUAGUACUGAGGCACUGUAUCCAAAAGGGUGGAGCAGAAGUGCCUAGCAACAAAGAUGUCACAUCAUUAGACUGGAAUUGUGAUGGCAAUCUGUUAGCAACUGGAUCCUAUGAUGGAUAUGCCCGAAUCUGGACAACUGAUGGAACUCUAGCAUCCACAUUAGGUCAACACAAGGGUCCUAUAUUUGCAUUGAAAUGGAAUAAGAGAGGAAAUUACAUUCUUAGUGCAGGGGUUGAUAAAACUACGAUUAUUUGGGAUGCAGCAUCAGGACAGUGUAACCAACAAUUCUCUUUCCACUCUGCGCCAGCCUUAGAUGUGGACUGGCAAACUAACACAUCAUUUGCAUCAUGCUCUACUGACCAGUGCAUUCAUGUCUGCAGAUUGAAUGUUGACAAACCAAUAAAGAGUUUCCAGGGACAUACUAAUGAAGUCAAUGCUAUCAAGUGGGAUCCACAGGGACAACUGCUGGCAUCAUGCUCAGAUGACAUGACACUUAAAAUUUGGUCUAUGAAGCAAGACACAUGUGUACAUGACUUACAAGCUCAUUCUAAGGAGAUUUACACAAUCAAAUGGUCACCCACCGGACCAGGAACACAAAACCCUAACAUGAACUUGAUAUUAGCAAGUGCAUCUUUUGACUCAACUGUUCGCUUAUGGGAUGUGGAGAGAGGAGUAUGCAUUCACACUUUGACUAAGCACACAGAACCAGUAUACAGUGUUGCUUUUUCACCUGAUGGUAAAUUCUUAGCCAGUGGUUCAUUUGACAAAUGUGUUCAUAUAUGGUCCACUCAAACUGGAGGUUUGGUGCACUCUUACAAGGGCACAGGAGGCAUAUUUGAAGUGUGCUGGAAUUCCCGCGGUACAAAAGUCGGCGCUAGUGCUAGUGAUGGCAGUGUCUUUGUAUUAGACUUACGUAAGUUGUAGGAUUUGCUUAAAUCAUAGAAUACAAAAUAGCAAUGUAUUCUAUGAUUAAUAGACUUUGCAAUGCAAACAACUAUGUGGUAUCAGUUCAGUUAAUCUAUAAGAAAUAUGUAUUUUUAUAUAUACAAAUGGUAUUUCAGUUUUUCUUGACUGUAAAAGGUGGGUUAUGUUUGUCUAAUACAACAGUAUGUGUAUAUUUGUUAAAUUUUCAAAUAUUUUCCUAAUUGAAUAAUAUCUGUAUGUACUUUUACUGUAAGGCACACUAGUGUCUAUAAUAUUAAAUAUAAAUAAAUGUAACAACUGAGAAAAUGUAUAAACAUGUAUUGGCUCUUAGUUGUAAAGCAUGUGAAAGUAGUGGCUUAUCCAGAACUUUGUAAAAACAUGAAUUCCAAGUUAGGCAGGACUACAAGUUUCAUAAUAUCCUUGUAAUUCCGUGAAUAUGAUAGUAUUUAUCAAUUUAUAGUAAUUAACUUUUAUUGAUAAUGUAGUGUUAAUUUCCUUCAUAAUUAAAAUUUAUUAUAAAUUC